GACUCCUUUCGUGUUAUUAUAAUAGAUGUUUGUGCUACCGGUGGGGACCAAUCUAAAACUAACUUCAAAGCGUGAAAAUGGCGUUCCGAAGUCUACUCCGUGUGGAACGCUGCAAACAGAACGUUUUGUUUGCCCUGUCUGCCGUCAAAAAGUCUGAAAAGCGGGAUUUGCAGUUUUUCCUUCCUGGGAGUUUGAAGCAUUGUGCGGCUGCUUAUUGCACUGCAUCUGAGAAAUCUGAGGUUGUUUGUGAGUAUCGCAACGGUCUACCCGUGCUUCUAGUCCCUCUUCCGUCCACAAGAGGACACUGCCAGUUCACCCUGAAGCCCGUGACAGAAACAGUUGGUGACUUUCUCAACCACCUCAAGCGGGAGGACGGAGGAAUAGAGAGAACAGGCAUCUACAACGAAGACGGUGUGAAAAUCGCCAAGUCGACAAGCAUCGACGUUCUCAUGAGGAAUCCUUUUACAUUAAAAAUCAACGAUGAUUCAUUCAGGGUGAACCCUCCCGAAUUAGAUAAAUUAAUCAGCGAGGAUGCGAGAACGAUGGCGGACGUGAAGUCCAUGAUCUACCAGCUGUACUCCACUCUGCACGUGGAGCAGCACCAGCUGGAGAAAGAAAAGGAUCUCCGGGGACAGUUGGAGAAUCUGAAAGUGGAGAUUGAGCCGCUGGAAAAGUUGAGGGCGGAGCUGGAUCGCAAGGCAGCCCGUAACGCCAACUGGUGGGUGUGGGGCGGGCUGGGCUACAUGGGCCUGCAGUUUGGGCUAUUGGCCCGGCUGACGUGGUGGGAGUACUCCUGGGAUAUCGUGGAACCCAUCACCUACUUUGUGACGUACGGCGGGCUGAUCGUCUUGUACAGCUAUUUUGUGUUGACAAGACAGGAUUACACCAAUCUGGAUGCCCGGGACAGGCAGUACCUCGUCAGUUUCCAUAGAAACGCCAAGAAGAAGAAAAUGGACAUAGAGAAGUACAACAAGCUGCGGGAUCAAAUUUCGCAGCUGGAGCAGGACCUGAGGAGGCUGCGUGACCCCUUGACCCUUCACCUCCCAAUCACCCCAUCCCCAUCUCAGGCAUUCAAAGAAUAGAGGGUCCCCCCUUCGCUCCAUCCUCUGCCCAAAAGCAAAAGAUUAUCAGUGAAGGAGGCCUUCUCAACCAGUACAAGCCAAGAACGAGUUAUGGAACCAUAUUCAAUCAAGCUGAACCAUUCAAUGCCGUUUUCAUGUGGUUGAGGCUCCAUAGCAUUCCAGUCCUUACUAAUUGUAAAACAGGACCCGACCCGGCUCUGUACUUAGUUGUUACAGUUUAUGUGUGCUUGGAAUACGGGGGUUUACACCAGGAGCACGUUCAAUAGCACAAUACGUAAGCAGGUGUUGGCCUAGCUUGUUGAGUUUCAUCGUUGAUGGCGUACAUACCUAUCGCUAGAAUUAUUAACCCUAACACUCCUCAGUCCUCCGACAGGUGAAGGAUUGAGGGGGGUUAGGGUUAAGGUGCUUUUCCAUAUGUACAUUUUUCAGGUGCAUUGCGUACACAACGCCUUUUAGCGUUUCACUUCCGUGGACACAAAAAUUGACGCCAUUAGCAUAACACACACGUGUUGCAUUUGGCAGUCAAAAUCGCCCGGGAGCAAUUUUGACGUAUACGCAAUGCUUGGCGCAAGUGUUGACGUGCAUACGGAAAGGCGCCUUUAGACUUGGCCUAAGUUCAGGGAUUAAGCACUUGUUAACAGUAUUCACUGUAUUUUAUAACCGAUGACUUUAGAUCAUCACCCCCCUUCCUUAAAAAAAAUUUUGAAUUUCAAUAUUGAUUAAAAAAAAAGUAUCUUUAAAAUGCAAUGUGAAAGCUCUAAGUAUGGUGUUUGCUGUUGAUGAUUUGCAUUUCACUUUUUGUGCGACUAUUAAAGUACAGUUACCCCUUACAGUCCUUUCAAACUCUGCCUCAUUUUGUUUUCAAAACUAAUUCCAAAGAUAUGUUUGUCCUCGGGUCAAGCCUCCCGAAGCUUUAGAAAACUUUCACAAAGUGGUGAAAACACAGUACCUUUGUAAAGAGAAUGCCACUGGUACCAGUAAGUUGAAGUGCACAUUGUGGACAUGGUUUUUCCGUCUUUUUUUUGUGUGAUUUGAGUUCACAUGAGUACUUUAGCCAAAACAACCAAUUUAUAGGCUUUUAGGCUAUCAGUAAUUUGAGGGAAAAAUGUUCGUUUAGCAGGCAUUACCACUGGAACAGGGUGUUCUUACCAGUAUAAAAAGUCGAUGCGAUGGCCUGAAACGUGUCAAUAGAAAUCAGUAAGAAUGAUGUAAAUAGCUUUGAACAGGUAACAAUAUUAACCUUCUUGGUGCAUCUUGAAUCAAAUGAAACUCUUCUGAAAUUUGUUGUGGAAAUUAAUAAUGAUUAUGCACAAAUUAUUGUUUCUUGGGUCUGAUUAUUUAUUUUUCUUCUAUUAUCGUCUAUUAUUCUUUCAGUUAAGUUUGUAGAACGUACACAUUUUUUGGUGGUUUUGUUUUUUAAGAAACACUCGAGGUUUUAGGAUAUUUUCGUCUUUGUUCCACAAAACAUUUUGCACAACUUGUGGGCAAUCCUAGCGAGGUUUAUUUAUUGAGUUGUUAAUGCUGUGCUUGAAUAAUGACUUCUGGGUAAUAAUCUUUGUAACCUGGCUAAAAACUUUCUGGUGUAGCCACAAGUUAUUGUAGCGAUUGUAUGCAAAAUUAGCGGAAAAAAAUUACGCGAGACUUACAAAUGGCAAAUUAUUUCCAAGGAUAGAUUUUUGCCCUGCUCGACGUUGUAGAUAGCUGUACACGUAUAUUGUUUGUAUCAGGAAUUUGGAGGUUGCAAAUAACAAAUUGUUUAAUUUCUUUUCUAAUAAAACUGGAACAUUUAUCAGGAAAGCUGUA